AUGCUAAACGGAGGACUUCUUGUGCUUAAUCCCUCGGAGGAGAUAUAUAAUACCAUUCUCUGCCAGCUUGAAGACCCCACAGCAACCAUGCGAUAUGCUUUUGCCGAUCAGUCUUUGCUUUCAGACAUUUACCAAAAGCGCUGGGUACCUCUCCCAUAUAUAUACAACGCUCUGAAGCCCAUGAGAUGGCCAGGAGUUCAUUCACAAAUCUGGAGAGACUAUAAAGUGAAAAAUCUGCAUUAUAUACUAAGCUCAAAGCCCUGGGACGAUGAAGACCUAGAGGGUUGGGGCAGCAAGCAGAAGAGAUAUUCAGUCACUGAUGAAACCCAUGACUGGUGGUGGAAAAUUAACAAUGAAAGGAUGGCCGAAGAAAAGGCAAAUGGCAUAAUCAGAGAUGGGUUUUGA